GAGCAGCCGAGGCCUGGGGAGAGGACCAGGCCCCAUCCAGGCUGAGCGGUUCCAGCCAAUGGACUGGGCCAGACUCUGUCCGGGAUCAGUGGUCACUCCGGCCGCCGGACCGGACAGUGUGCGCUUUCGGGAAUGUUCGGACUGAGGUGUUGGCUUGGGGAGUUACUUUUCACUCAGGGACCCGAUGUCUGAUAGCAAGGAGGAACCAGGAUGGAACGACUUGAGCAGCAUCUCCCAACCAUUGCUUCGAUCAAUACAUCCCAGUCUCUGGGCCAGCCUGGACUGCCGGCACGAUGUCAGUCACUUGACGAAAAGAAAGCAAUUUCUGACGUUCGCAGGACUUUCUGCCUGUUUGUAACCUUUGACCUGCUGUUUGUUUCACUCUUGUGGAUAAUCGAGUUGAAUACAAAUGGUGGCAUUAAAGAGAAUCUAGAAGGUGAAAUAUUAAGUUAUGACUUCAGAACCUCAUUCUUUGACAUAUUUUCACUGGCUGUGUUUCGCUUCCUGGUAUUGCUGCUUGCCUAUGCCCUUCUGAGACUCCGUCACUGGUGGGUGAUUGCGGUCACUACUUUAAUUACCAGUGGCUUUUUAAUUGUAAAAGUCAUUCUUUCAAUUCCGUUCCAGACCAGGGGUGCAUUUGGUUAUGUUCUCCCAAUUGUUUCCUUUGUCCUCGUUUGGCUGGAGACCUGGUUUCUUGAUUUCAAAGUAUUAAUUCAAGAGGCAGAAGAUGAGCGAUUGUACCAGACAUCUCACGCAGCAUUUGUGCACUCACCUCUUCUGUAUCCCAGAGGUAUAUCCGAGGGACAAUUCUAUUCUCCUCCAGAGUCCUUUGCAGGCUCUGAAGAUGAGUAUGAAGGUGAAGGUACUGAAAGGAGAGCAGUAACACCACAGGAAAAGGAGUAUGUGUGUCAGGGUCGAGAGGCAAUGCAAGUGAUGGAACAAAUACUGGGACAGGAGGCAUGCUGGAAGUUUGAGAAAGCGAAUGAAUACAAUGAUGUUGUUUACACAUUUGAAGUCCCAUAUCAUGGCAGGAGCUUCAUUCUAAAGGCGUUCCUGCAAUGCCCUGCUGAGCUGAUAUAUCAGGAAGUCAUUCUUCAACCUGAGAAGGUGGUCAUUUGGAACAGAACAGUUACUGUUUGCCAGGUUCUCCAGCGGGUUGAUGAUAACACUGUAAUCACCUAUGAUGUUUCAGCAGGAGCUGCAGGAGGGGUUGUUUCUCCCAGGGACUUUGUGAAUGUGCGUCGUAUUGAGAGGAAGAAAGAGAUGUAUAUUUCUUCUGGUAUGUCAACUACACACAACUCCAGACCUCCACAGAACAAAUACGUCAGAGGUGAGAAUGGGCCUGGAGGGUUUGUGGUGCUGAAGUCUCCUCAGAACCCCAGAGUCUGCACCUUUCUUUGGAUACUGAAUACAGAUCUUAAGGGCCGGCUGCCCCGAUACCUGAUCCAGCAGAGUCUCGCAGCCACCAUGUUCGAGUUCAUUGCACACCUGAGGCAACGAAUCAGUGAUAUAAGGGAAGCAUCACAAUACUGACUGCAACAUAAAACAUCAUAUCAACUCCAUCUGCAGAAAACAGUGUCUAAGUCAGCAAUUACAAACCAAGAUCAACUUACUGACUAACAAACACCUACUCAUCAUUGUACUAAUCAUUGAAAGAUUGUUUUAAAGUUAUUCUUCACAUGGCUAUGCUGAUUGAACUUUCACCUGAAGAGCCAAAAGGAAUUGAGAUAUAAUACUGAACGAUUUUAUUUUUUAUAUUAUAUCAUUUUUUUGUAUUGUGUUGUUUAACUCUGUGUACAAUCCUGCUGCUAUGGGAGUUUUACACUUAGAACCAAAUAUUAGCUGUUUGACAACAGCUUUGCGGUUCUCUGAUACAGAAGGGUCACUGAGUGCUGCGAGGCUGAAAUAUUUGCUGCAUCCACUAGGUGCUGCUUUAGCGGCAGAUUCAUUUGUGACGGAUUGUUUAUUCCUAUUUGUUUUAAUAGUGGAUAGCAGCCUCUCCUAGCUCAAUGGGCUAUUUCACCAUCCAGCCUGGAUCUGAGCUCCCAGGGGCAGGAGGAUCAUGCGUCCUGCUGAUUGCAUGUUCUACACUGGGCCUGAGCUGGAGAAACAGCUGGAAUUCUGUUGUUGAUAACUGUCCAUUGAGUGAGUGGUUUACAGCUGAAGGAUCAACGAUGAGGUCCUUCAGGGUGGAAUAUCUUCCUGUAAAAAAUGAGGUCUGCAGAUGCUGGAGAUCACAGCUGCAAAUGUGUUGCUGGUCA